ACAUAAUCACACUGACGAGCCAAAGUGCUGCUCCGUUCUCGUGCUCAAAUGGGCUGACAGAACAGACAGCAUCGCAUUUAACUGCUCCUGUCACUAUCCACCUCGCGCAUCCAGAAUGCGCAGCCCGCGGAGCUUCCUCGCCGCCGUCUCCGGACACCUCGCCGGCCGCCAAGCUCCAGCGGCUCCUGGUCACCACUCCCUCCCCGUGCGCACGCUCCAAACCCUAGCCCAGCGGGAGCCUGUGCGCCUCAAGAAACUCUCGGCCCCCGACACCGGGAUCCUGGAGCUGACGCUGGAGCGGCCAGAGGUGAAGAACGCCAUCAGUUGGGAGUUGAUGACAAGGCUGCGGGGCGCGAUCCACAAGAUUGAGGCCGACGCGACGGCCAAGGUCGUCCUUGUUGCGAGCUCCGGACCGGGAGUCUUCUGCGCAGGCGCCGAUCUCAAGGAAAGGAGGCACAUGAGCUCUUCACACGUUAAAGAAUAUGCUAAUUCCUUACGGUCUACAUUCUCGUACUUUGAGGCACUCUCCAUUCCAACAAUUGCCGUCAUUGAAGGAGCUGCUUUGGGUGGUGGGCUAGAACUUGCUCUCUCAUGUGAUCUGCGUAUAUGUGGAGAAAAUGCAACCCUUGGACUGCCAGAGACAGGCCUUGCUAUUAUUCCUGGAGCCGGGGGUACACAGCGUCUUCCAAGGAUCACCGGAAGGUCCAGAGCGAAGGAACUGAUAUUCACAGGCCGCAGAUGCGACGCAACUGAAGCCGUCUUGAUGGGACUAGCAAACUACUGCGUUCCAGCAGGGGAGGCCUACGGCAAGGCUCUUGAACUCGCCCGUGAGAUGACGAAGAAAGGCCCUCUUGGGGUAAGAAUGGCCAAGAAGGCCAUCGACCAAGGGAUGGAGGUAGCAGACAUGCGCUCCGCGUUGGCUGUCGAAGGGGAAUGCUACGAGCAGCUGCUGCACACGCAGGAUCGCCUCGAGGGCCUGGCUGCAUUCGCUGACAAGAGGGAGCCCGUGUACACCGGAGAGUAAUUAGUGCCCGAAGUGUACACAGGAGAAAAGUGUUGAUGUGCCGUGACAUGAUCGUCUCCUGGACUCCUGCCACUCCGUGUGGUGAAUGAUGUUUCGGGGUUGAAUAUUUUACCGUGGGCCUGGUUGGUUGUUC